AUGGAUAAUGAAGAUAUACACAUCUUGAGGGAACUCGUAACGAAAGGUGAACUUGGUGACGUGUCAUACGACCGAAAACUAUUAGUUACAAAGCUCGAGGCUCCGCGCAGCCUUUAUGUUAUGGGUGGAUUUAGUGUUUUGGAGGCGGCUACAAGUGAAGGACCGCUGCUUGUCUACCGGGACACCCACCAAGCGUUAGUUCGCAUGGAACACGGUCAACUUUGCUGUUUGCGAUCGGGGAACCGUGAAAGCCCUGCUCAUGUCGAUCAUGGGUGUGUUCUAGCGUACAUCCCUCCGUCCCUCUCCCCAACAUUAGAAACUUGGGUAUAUUUUAAAACGUUCCAUGCGGCGAGGCUUUUUUUGUUUGGAGACGACUCACCAGACUUUAAUCGGAUGGCCCAACCCCCCUACUGUCGUAGUGAUGAGACACCGAUUAGCGUGCGCUGGGGGGGCAUCGAUGGGUUUGUUUUUAUUCUUCGUGAUGAUAUGGUCAAUUCGUACCGGUACGCGGCACAGGUUAACACCGGCGGUCGGAAAGGCUGUACUGAAGCCUGGUCGCGUGUGCUCGUCGCCCACAGUGCCAUUGAUGGGCGUGUUUACAGCGGAAGCGAAAUUCACCUGUCUAUGAUGAAGGCACACCCUAAGUUUCACGUGCGGAGGAAGAAUGGCCAGGAGUCGAGAAAGCGUAAUAUGAAGCGUAAAGCAAGUAUUGCAUACGCUAGAAGUGUUAAGUCGAACCUACGAGAUGCUGGUAAGUAG